AAGCCCCUGCUGCGGUUGGCUCUGGCGCUCUGCCUCCUCCCCACAGGGCUCUGGUCCAUGGACCUGGUCUUCGCGGCGCGGCCGUGGGGCCGGCAACGCCUCGUGAGCCAAACCAAACCAAACCGUCUCUUCCUCCUUCCGCGGUUACCCCUCUCCUCCCUUCCACCACUUCCCAACUCCCUCCCUCCCUCCUCCCGUCCGUUGCUCCUGCCCGCGCCUCCACCAGUCCGUCGAUAAAGCUGCGGCAUUGGGACGGCGGGAGGUACAAGGAGCUUUCCGCUCAUUGCUUCCCCAUCUCGUGUAGGCUCUCCACUCCGCACUCCCACGCCUGAUACCAUUCCGCCGCCGCCGCCGCCUCUGAACCCACGGUGCGGCGGAGAUCCAGCCGGGCCUGGAUCGGCCUACUCCGACACUGCUUUGUGAAGAUAAACAAGACUGCUUGCUGUCUGCUGGGAAGUGGACUAAGCUCACGGCUGAUAUCAUCUGCCUUGAAGGAACCAGUGGGAGAAAAGGGAGUGGACAGGGCCCAAUCAGAAGCAUGGACAAAACUGCCAAUGUGGUAUUGGAUAUUGAAGGUCUGCCUCAACCACCUGAUAAAUGCUGCUCCGGAAGUCCAAAAAUGAUUAGGGCCUUAUCACGCAAGGGUUCAAAUAGGAUGGAAAGGAGGGGCAGUGAUGAGCUGGAGCAAGAGGAUUUGGCGAAAAAACUUAUCAUCAAAGUUGUGCCGUCUCAACUGGAGCAGCCCCUGGGCCAGAUCAAGGCUCUGGUUGCUCCACAUUGUACUCCCUGCACACCUGUUCUUAUUGAUUCUGGGGAAGGAAGGAGCAAAAGGUUCAGCCGAUUCACGUCUAUCAACCCUCGGAAAAUCCUCCUCUUAUUCGCAACGCUGUCGAGUGUGGGGACGACAAUACUGAUCUACUUCACACUGGCAAUCAACAGCAAAGCGGAGGCGUAGUCGUUUGCAGACACCACCACCAUUUGCUUCGGCGGCAGCAGCAGUACAUUCCGAGCUUGAGUUUUUCUCGAUUUGUUUGUGGGGGGAAGAAGAGGACCAGAUCAGAUGCAGCCAGUUUCAGGUGUCUCCGUGUCUGUAUCCGUGACUGAGUGAGAGACACUGCUAACUGCUUGAGGGGGUGCUCGCGCGUUGUACUUGUAAUUUGUAUUGCCUUCAGUUCACCCCCCUCACCUCCCAAAUUCCCGUCUUCCUUGCGUGUAUGUAUAUUGGUUUGGUUGCUGUGACUUUUUUUGAGUCUAUGGAGAUAGAGGAGCCAUUGGUGUUUGGUGUGC